UAAAAUAUUAUGCCUGCCUACUGAUUGCUCUUUGGACUUAAAUCACAUCAAGCAUAGCUGACCACCAUCUCAUCAUGUCUACUGAAGCUGAAACUACUACUAUGAGCAGCCAGCCUGAGCAGCAGGCUCCACCAAAAACACAAUCUUCAAAGAAAGAAAAAAAGAAAGGGUCAGAAAAGACAAAUGAAUCUCUCUUGGCUAGAUUCAAAGGUGAUGGUGUAAGAUACAAAGCUAAACUAAUUGGCAUUGAUGAUGUCCCAGAAGCAAGAGGCGACAAAAUGAGUCAGGAUUCAAUGAUGAAGCUGAAGGGAAUGGCAGUGGCAGCCCGUUCCCAUGGUCAGCACAAACAGAAGAUAUGGCUAAACAUCUCUCUCUCUGGUAUCAAGAUAAUGGAUGAGAAAACGGGGGUUAUAGAGCAUGAGCAUCCUGUGAACAAAAUCUCCUUUAUUGCUCGGGAUGUAACAGACAACCGGGCCUUUGGCUAUAUUUGUGGAGGAGAAGGCCAGCACCAGUUUUUUGCAAUAAAAACAGCACAGCAGGCUGAGCCUCUAGUUGUUGACCUUAAGGACCUCUUCCAGCUAAUAUAUAAUAUGAAGAAAAAGGAGGAGGAAGACAAGAAAAAGAGUGAAGAAGUCAGUAAGACUGAGAAUGGUAAUGAGGCACUACCUGCUGAUCAGGCUGACAAACUGAAACUGGGAGUUGACCAGAUGGACUUGUUUGGGGAUAUGUCCACGCCUCCUGAUGUGACCAGUCCCACAGAAACUAAAGAGAUUCUGUUAGUGGAUCUAAACUCUGAAAUUGAGACCAAACAGACUUUUACAAAAGAGGAUCUCUUCUUGAAUGGCAUCACGACCUCUCUUCCACAACCAAAGUCACAGCCACCUUUCUUGCCUGAGACUUCUUUUUCUGCCAAUCUCAGCUUCUUUCCCACACCUAAUCCAGACCCUUUCAGUGAUGAUCCUUUUGCACCACCAGACCAAUCUGCACAGCCUUCAUUUGAUUCUCUAGAAUCUGCUGAUCAGAAGAAGGAAGGUCUGAGUACCUUGACACCGGUGGGUAAUGGUGCUUCAAAUGGUGAUAUUGACUACUUUGGUAAACAGUUUGACCAGAUUUCUAAUAGAACUGGCAAACGAGAAGCACUCACAAGCCAGUGGCCAUUUGAGAGUAAACCGCCUGCAGCAAGAACCCCAAAUGGGGUACCAGAGAGAGAACAGAAUGGCUUUCUUAAAGCCCCAUCAAACCUCUUUGUGGAAGGGCCUUCCAAAGGAGUAUCUCUGCAGAAUGGAGUAAAGCUGGAUUCAGAAAGCAAUAUCCAGCUCAUGUCACAUGAGUCUGUAACAAUUAGCCCACCACCACAAAGUACCAAGCCAGGAAGAGGAAGGAGGUCGGUCAAGACUGCGUCAAGUGACUUGUUUAGUUCAGGUUUGUUUGCACCAGCUACAGAGAACGUUGGUUUGACUUCAGUGACACAGCCAGGACCUAUGCCAACUAAUCCACUGGACCUCUUCAAAGCAAGUCCUACUACAGCACCUCCACUGGCUGGUGGUUUACCAGUAACUUCAUCACCAUGGAAUGCACAGACCUCUGCCUUCACUCAGGCUGCAUCUGUCUUUGCUGGAUCUAUGAUGCCUGCUCAGCCUACAGGAUUUACUCAACGACUUGCUUUUGGUACUCAAGCAGUGUCAAGCUGGAACCAACCAGCAUCUUUUGGUCCAGCAUCUUCUCAGUCCCCUGGUCUGUGGGCACAGACAGCCCAAGUUCCAUCUGCUCCAUGGGCUCAGCCAUCCAAUGCUUCAAAUCCAUUCCAGAGUAGUGUAUUCCCACCUUCAACACUACCUGCUCAGACACCAUCUACACUGCCUUCCAUGUCUACAACAACUACUACCCCACCUCAGCCACCACCUAGAACUGCACCUCAGAAGGAACUAUCCAAGAGAGAGAGUGAUGACUUUAUUGCUUUGGAUGCACUUGGUCAUAGAGAAAUGAAGGAUAUCAAGGAAAUGUUCAAAGACUUCCAGCUGACAAAGCCACCUGCAGUACCAGCAAGGAGAGGGGAGCAGCAAAGCCUUUCAGAACCUCCAAAGCCUGCUCUUCGACAAAGUGCUUUGCCAGCUGAUGACCUAUUUGAAAGCCAGCCUAAAACAGACCUUUUCACCACCUCUGCUAAGGAAUCUCAGAAACCACCUCCUGCUCCAUUUGGUGAUCCUUUUGGCAAUCCAUUUGCAUAG